AUUUAUUUGUAGCUAAGCAUUCAGUCGCGUUAUUAAACCUAUCAAAAAGCGAAAAUGGAUUUUGUCGAAGUAAUUUUCUUUAUCACUCUCAUCUGUGGAUUGUUUGCGGAAAAGUUACCCGAUGGAGUCUGCAUUACUAAGAUUGUGAACGGAAAACUCGUUCAAGUUGGAGAUUGUAAGAAAAAUGAUGGGUCCGAUAUCUUCAGAUUAAUUCAAAAGAAUCUUGACGAGAGGAAACAAAUUCAGGAUAAAUGUAACAUCACAUACAAUUCGAAAUGCUACCGAGUGGUUGUAUAUGACACACUGAACGUCACGUUUACCCAUGCAGAAUCAAUUUGCAAAUCAAUGAACAACGGAAAACCUUCGAACAUUUACGACUUCCAGCAUUUCAAUAUGUCGCUUACGUAUCUAAGUUCACUGGUCACUGAUAAGCGUAAAUUUGUUAGCAUUUGGACUGGGAUGGAAUAUAAGAACAAUCAGCUUCUCUUAUCCGACGGAAAAACACAUUCUCUUCCAGCGGAAGUGUGGUCGUACCCCUCCAACCCGUCACCCGAUGUAUCGCUCACCAAUGUUGUAGUUGCUGCCAGAGAAGGGUCUGGCCGUUUGUAUCAGGGAAUGUCCAAUAAUAAACCAUCCGCGACCACAUAUGGUGUCAUGUGUGAAGUGUAGACCCGAUCAAUACUAGGGUUGAUAGUUUAUGGAUUGCUCGAUAUAACAAACAAUUUAAUGACUUAAAUUUUAUUGUAACCCAAAUUGUUAAGUUUAUCCCGAUAUUGAUUGUGUCGAUUUUGCUGUUCCUUGCAUUAUUGAUAAUUUUAUAGCCGAACAUCUGAAAUUAAUUAUUGAACGUGUGGCGAAGUCAAUAUUAUAUAUUAUUUAUACAUAUUUCAAA